UGGAAUAGUGACGUCAGGUCUGUCGCGCGUCUCGCAUCAUCUCCGUUUAGCUUGUCUGUGCUGCUAGCUGGCUGGCUAACUGGCUAAGCGAGCAGGAAAAGCCUGCAGGCGGAGGAGUGACACCGCGCCUUCCCCGGAGAGCCGUUCCACACUGAAAAUCCAUAUCUGACAAACUGCAGAAUGUCUGAUUUUGACAGUAACCCGUUCGCAGACCCGGAUUUCAGCAACCCCUUUCAGGAUCCUUCAGUGACGCAAGUGACCCGCUCUGCUGCUCCUGGUGGUCUGGAGGAGUAUAACCCCUUCACAGAUGCUAGAACGGCAGCCCCUGGAAAUGCCCCAAAGUCCACUCCUGCUCCUUCCCAGAACACACAACCUGCCAUUAUGAAGCCCACAGAAGAACCACCAGCUUACUCACAGCAACAGACUCAGGAUCAGGUGCGCGCUCAGGCUGAGUUGUUGAGAAGGCAGGAAGAGUUGGAGAAGAAAGCGGCUGAGCUUGAUCGUCGGGAGAGAGAAUUACAGUCCCACGGAGCUGCAGGGCGCAAGAACAAUUGGCCUCCCCUGCCACAGAAAUUCCCUGUCGGUCCUUGUUUCUACCACGACAUUGCAGUGGACAUUCCUGUAGAGUUUCAGAAGACAGUCAAGAUCAUGUACAACCUUUGGAUGUUUCAUACAGGCACGCUCUUUGCAAACAUGUUUGGCUGUCUGGCCUGGUUCUGUGUGGAUACAACCCGUGGUGUAGAUUUCGGCCUGGCGAUGUUGUGGUUCCUCCUGUUUACCCCAUGUUCUUUCAUCUGCUGGUACAGACCACUUUAUGGGGCUUUUAGGAGUGACAGUUCAUUCCGCUUCUUUGUCUUCUUCUUUGUGUACAUCUGUCAGUUUGGAGUUCACGUUCUACAAACGAUUGGAAUCGCUGGCUGGGGAACAUGUGGGUGGAUUGCAGCUUUGACUGGUUUGAACACCAGUAUCCCAGUGGGCAUUAUCAUGUUGCUGAUUGCUGCUCUGUUUACUGCACUUUCAGUGGGCUCACUCGUCAUGUUCAAAAAGGUGCACGCACUGUAUCGUACCACUGGUGCCAGUUUUGAGAAGGCUCAGCAGGAGUUUGCGACUGGCGUCAUGUCCAAUAAGACCGUUCAGACUGCAGCUGCAAACGCUGCAGCGAACGCUGCAUCCAACGCUGCCCGCGGAGCCUUUAAACCUCAUCCAUAAAUUCUCCCGUCACUGUCACAUGCAAAGUAUACACACUCAGAUUUGGAGAAGUGCAACUCCAGUGGUGCAAAUUCUCGGAUCAGUUUCUUUUUCUUUCUGAAUGUAGUUAUGCUACGAUUGGCCCCACAGCCUUUGCUUAAACACUGUUUCAAGAGUCAGAUUAAAAGAGUCGUCCACCUUCACUUAAAAUAAGUAAGAGUGAAAGCCUUGGUACUUCCACUCUGUGCUUUUAUUCCACAAACUACAUGUGCUGUCUGUGUGGGAUGUGUGUGCAUGUGCACGCACACACAUCCCACAGCGUCUUGUUUCUUUACUUUGUUUCUUUGGUCCUGUGAGCUACUCUGGGGUCAGUCUGAGAUCUGCCAUACUUUGUUUCUGCUGCGGCGAUGGCCUCCACACCUUUCUUGCCUAACUGUAAAAGAGUGAUGAUGGGAUCAGAGUGUUUUGCACAUCGUUUUCCAUCGUGUGGACAG